GGAGCUGUGAGACUUCCAUUUUCAAACCUCAGAUGUCUGAGUUGACGAUGUUUUUCUUUGUUUACUUGAAUUCUAGGGUUGUUGACGUUCUGUAGCUUGUGAGAAUAAUUAAUUUUAGUGAUAAACUACUAUAAGAAACGAUGGAUUCAACAGAAGACGAUAUUUCUGCUCGGGUUUUGUUGAGGAGAGUCCUGCACACAGAGCUACCCAGAUCUCCAGUAACCAGAAGUUCAACAAAUGUACGGCGGAGCAUGAGGCUGAAAAACACCCCUGGACUGGAGAGUCCUGGAUCUGCCUUACGCCAAAGACUCAAGAAGAAGCUCCAUGAGAGUGCCUCCCAAUCACCUCUCCCUUCGCCAAAACGGCCGAGAACAACUACAAAUCCUUCUGUCAAGGCCCUGUCCCCAAUGUAUGACGAGGACAUGACCACUCGUGGUUUGCUCAGGGGGAUCAUUCAGAUGGAGACUGAAUCAUCGCUAGUGAUGUCGGGUCAGCCUGCACUUCAAGAAUCAGAUCCAAAUCCAGAAUCAAGUGUAUCCAGUGCUGGAGAGAGAACUGAAGGUCUGUCUGGAGUGGAGCUGUCUGAUCUGACUCUACACACUGAACCCCUGACGCAUGUGGUCAGAGGACUGAGCCGCAGAAAACCGCAGCGCAUCUUCAGUGUGUCAGCAUUCGAGAAUCAGUUAGAUCAACUUCCAGACAGCACAGAGGAUGUCUCACAUGUCUCGCAUAAAGUUAAUGUCUCUCAGGAGAAAGCAGAUGCUUCUCAAGAUUUGGAUUCGUCUUCUGGCUCAAAAAGUGGGCUGAACCUGACCUUGAAGACCCCAUUUGUCAAAAAGCACACUGAGAGGGCGGGGCUCCAGAGGAAGGUGUCCAAUCGGAGGCUGCCGUCUGUGGACGCGUUUGAUGAGGCUGUUCAGAGAUGCUUGGAGCAGGGCCCUAACCAAGAUCACUCUGUAUUUCAGGAUGGAAAAACUCUAGAAGAUUCUUCGUGGCAGAAGUUCACACUUGGCCUCAGUGACGUCACAGAACUGUACGUCCAGCCUAAAAAAGACGACACAAUGGGACCGUCUGCAGAGAGUGAGAGAGAACAUCAGCUUGAGAGAGUCAGUGAAAUUCCCUACUCAGAAGCUUUAAUUCAAGAAGAAAAGGAUCAUGAGAUGGAAUCACAGGAUGAUGAAGAGGUAGUGCCUUCAUCCCAAAAUGAUGAAUUUUUGGGUGCAGAAGAUGAUAUUGUACUUGCUCCAACGCAGGCGAUGACAGAAUCAAUUCCCGAAUCUCAUGAAGUGGAGCCACAAGAUCGAGAAUUUGUGGAGGAAGUUGAGAUUGGGAAUGUUGUGGAAAUUGAAUAUGAGGCCGUUGUGGAAACUGAGGAUCAGAAAGUUGUGGAAAUUGAGGAUGACAGUGUUGAGGAAGUUGAGGAAAACGUUGAGGAAGUCGAGGAUGAGAACGUUGAAGAAGUUCAGGAUGAGAACGUUGAAGAAGUUCAGGAUGAGAACGCUGAGGAAGUUGAGGAUGAUAACGUUGAGGAAGAUGAAGAUGAGAAUGCUGAGGAAGUUCAGGAUGAGAAUGCUGAGGAAGUUCAGGAUGAGGAGGUUGUUGAAGCUCAACAUGAGACCCCAGACACCUCACAGUAUCUAGAGCGAAUAACUCGUAGAGCUCACCGCUCAGAGGGAGGAGGUGCUGUCUUGGGAAUUCCAGCUGCCACAAGAGUAACAAAGAGUUUUGGAGCUGGAUUAAAUCCCAGAGAGAAAGAUCUUUUGGAUCUUGUCGACGAGACCCGAGAGAGCUUACAGGACAUUCCAGAUGAAGAAAGAGAGGCACCGGGCAGCCCAGAGUUUCCUCAGCUCCACCCUGCAGCAGAGGUCAGUACAGAAGAGCAGAGGUCACAGCAACAUGAGGCUAGUCUGACUGAGGACGAUGUGCCAGAGCUUGCAGAAGAUGAGGACGCCCCUGAAGAAGUGAACCAGUCCGAGGAGGAGAAUGAAUUAUGGACUCUGAACCAGCCAAUCAAAGCCCUGAAUUUCCACAGGAAGAAAGAAGAGGAUGAGGAGGAGGAGGAUGAUGAUGACGAUGCUCGUAGUGCAGAACUGUCCAUUAAAACUCCUGCGUUUGUAAGACAGAAAAGAGUUUUCGCAAGUCCUACUGCACAGACUACGCCAACAAUCCUUAAAGAAGUGAAUGCUGGUCCUGCCCCUCAGGUUGCCAAACGAGCCCCCAGACAGAAGCGUCAAACAGGGGUCAAUGUUCUUCCCAAAAGUUAUGUUAUGAGCGUGUUUAAGCACUUCGCCAAGACCAAGGUGGCCAGUGACGUCUACCCUGCCAUUAAUGAAAUUCUUAAGAAGUACUUCGAACGGCUAGCAGAUGAUCUGGAAGCGUACGCUACUCAUGCCAAACGUAAAACGAUUGAGGUUGAAGAUUUUGAGCUCCUCAUGAGAAGGCAGGGCUUUGUGACAGACAACACGCCUGUGAAUAUACUGAUAGAGAAGUAUCUUCCACUGGAGUAUCGGAAACUUCUUAUCCCGGUGGCCACCAGUGGAAACAAAGUCAUUCCAAAACAAAGAAGGUGAACAUGCAGAUGUGACGACCUCCUUAAACACUGGAGGAGGCUGUUGUGCAUAUCUGCAUGUGUUCUUGUAAAUAUGUUCAUAUGUUAAAACAAUAACGUCUUGAUUUGUAAAUAUGAAUAUGUGUAAUAUAUAUCUGCUAUUUGUUUAAUGCAGCACAGUUAAGAAAACAAGCCUUCAGUUCUUUGUAUUUUUUAGCGAUUUAUGUAUAUUUUCCAAAACGAACAUUAAAAACCACAUAAAAAUUUAAAUUGU